AUGUUGAAGGUUAAAACGACGCUUUCGGAACUAAUCAGUCAGCCGGCCGAGAAACUUUGCCUGAUUUUCUCCGGCAAAAUACUGAAGGAUCAUGAAACACUGGAGCAUCACUCGAUUCGAGAUGGCAUGGCGAUCCACCUUGUAGUGCGUAAUAUACAACGGAGCGGAGCUACCGGAGCAAAUGCACCGGGAGGCAGAAUGGGUGGUGCAUUUGGAAUGACGCAGCAACUAAUGGAAAAUCCAGACGUAAUGCGUGAACUGAUGAACACACCACUGGCCCAGUCGAUCCUGAACAAUCCCGAUAUCAUACGCUCACUGAUCGCCGAUAAGCUCGGACAUUUGCUAAAUGAUCCAGAAAUUAUUAGACAGACGAUGGAAAUGGUAAGGAAUCCGAAUAUGUUUCAAGAAAUGAUGCGUAAUCACGACCAGGCGAUACGGAACCUUCAGGGCAUUCCCGGUGGCCAAGCGGCACUGCAGCGUCUCUACCAGGAUGUGCAGGAGCCGCUGUUGAACAGUGCGGCGAACACUUUCGCAAGCAAUCCAUUUGCAUCUCUAGUCGAUAAUUCCAGCAACACUGGUAAGCCCUUGGUUUCUUAA